CAACGACUGCGUCUACUCAACUCUGUACCACUACACGUCUGUGAACGCUCCUUGGUAGCCGACGCGUCGCCCGACGUCCCCGACGCGAAGCGCGAUGUCCUGGCUGGCCACUGUCGUGCUCUACCUGCUCCACGCCCUCUAUAAGCUGGUCCUUGCAGUCAAGUCUUUGGUGGCUCGUUUCGACAGGGAUCCCCUGCCUCUGGUUGCUAAACGUACCAAAAUACCUUCACACUUGGCGUUGAACCUAAUUCCUAAUCCGGAGGCGGAUGAGGAAACUAAUGAAAAGUACAUGCUUAAUAGCGUGGAGAAGGUGGCCGCUUGGUGCCAGGCAACUGGAAUACGGAGGUUGACGGUAUAUGAUCGUAACGGUAUUCUUGCGAACUCUUCCUUGGAUAUCAGGAAGCGCGUAAUGCCACCAGCACAGGAAGAAGACGUGGAUGAUUCCCCAGUUGAAUGCGACAUACGCUACCCCCUUACACCUCCGCCAUCGGACGACGCGGAGUCUAGACCGCUCUCUCCGCACUCUGAGCCGUCCAUCCCGAAGCUCAGUGUCACUACAAUACGCUACCCCACUAAUUCUCCCAAAGCAAAACGGAGGUCAGGCGUCAGUAGAACAACAUCAAAGCGCCGACGUGUCAACCGAAACGACGAGAAGGCUGGAGAGACGCCAUUGGUCCUUCACGUCGUAUCAUACAAGUCCAGCAAACCUGCCAUUGCAGCUGCAACUGAUACGCUCCUGCACGAUUUCAGGAAGACGAAGGUUGCUGAAUUUGUAUUCACCACUUCGGCGCGACUAGCAAUCCAGCAGCUCCAUGAGAUACUAGAAGGCGAGUAUGGGUUUCCUUCGCCGGACCUGAUGAUCGUCCACCGAAAGCCGCCUGCUGGACAGUUGCGUUCACCGGUGGAAGUUACUGGAUUCCCGCCGUGGCAAAUGCACUUGACCGAGAUACACUGGACUACAUACCCUAGGUUCGGUACGUGGUGGACUCGGGAAGCAUCUGAACAGUCUUCCAUAGAGGAAGUGGAGUUCAGAAGAGCUCUCGAUGAGUAUGCGGGCGCUCAGAUGCGUCUUGGGAAGUAGCGCGUUCUUGUGUCGAGUAGGUGUAAUACGUGUUGGGACUAUACGUUGUGCAGCCGUCACGCCAUUGGGCCUGGGAUCCCGGGGACAGUUGGAACUUUAUGACUAGAUGGACAUUGCCAGAUACUUGGACUGAACAGUGGACUUGUCCACACUAGACCCC